CCGUCGUAAAAGUGUCGCCCUUCGCCUUUCGGACUUGGCCACAGGUUUCCGCUCGCCUCCCGCCGCCGGGGGUCGAGCACUGCGGGCGUCAGUUUCCCUCAAGAUGGCGGACGAAGAAGUCGGUGGUGCGGAGAGGAUGGAAGUCAGUACCGACUUGCCCCCGACCCCUCAGCGACUGGCAUGUUGGUGGGAUCAACAUAUUGAUUUUUAUACUGCUUUUAUGCAACAUUUGGCACAGUUGGUACCAGAAAUUUAUUUUGCUGAAAUGGACCCAGACUUGGAAAAGCAGGAAGAGAAUGUACAAAUGUCAGUAUUCACUCCCCUGGAGUGGUACUUGUUUGGAGAAGAUCCAGAUAUUUGCUUAGAGAAAUUGAAGCACAGUGGAGCAUUUCAACUUUGUGGGAAGGUUUUCAAAAGUGGAGAGACAACAUACUCUUGUAGAGACUGUGCAAUCGAUCCAACAUGUGUACUCUGUAUGGACUGCUUCCAGAAUAGUGUUCAUAAAAAUCAUCGCUACAAGAUGCAUACCUCUACUGGAGGAGGAUUCUGUGACUGUGGAGACACGGAGGCCUGGAAAACUGGCCCUUUUUGCUUAAAUCAUGAGCCUGGAAGAGCAGGUACUGCAAAGGAGAAUUCACAUUGUCCGUUGAAUGAAGAAGUAAUUGCCCAAGCCAGAAAAAUAUUCCCUUCAAUUAUAAAAUACAUUGUAGAAAUGACUAUAUGGGAAGAGGAAAAAGAACUGCCUCCUGAACUCCAGAUAAGGGAGAAAAAUGAAAGAUACUAUUGUGUUCUUUUCAAUGAUGAACACCAUUCAUAUGAUCAUGUCAUAUACAGCCUGCAAAGAGCUCUUGACUGUGAACUUGCAGAGGCCCAGUCGCACACCACUGCCAUAGACAAAGAGGGUCGUCGAGCUGUUAAAGCAGGUGCUUAUUCUGUUUGUCAGGAAGCAAAAGAAGACAUCAAGAGUCAUUCAGAAAAUGUUUCUCAGCAUCCACUUCAUGUAGAAGUAUUACACUCUGAUGUCAUGGCUCAUCAGAAAUUUGCUUUGCGUCUUGGCUCCUGGAUGAACAAAAUUAUGAGCUAUUCAAGUGAUUUUAGGCAGAUCUUUUGCCAAACAUGCCUUAGAGAAGAACCUGGCUCUGAGAAUCCAUGUCUCAUAAGCAGAUUAAUGCUUUGGGAUGCAAAGCUUUAUAAAGGUGCCCGUAAGAUCCUUCAUGAAUUGAUCUUCAGCAGUUUUUUUAUGGAGAUGGAGUAUAAAAAAUUCUUUGCCAUGGAGUUUGUGAAGUAUUAUAAACAGCUGCAGAAAGAAUAUAUCAGUGAUGACCACGACAGGAGUAUCUCUGUGACUGCACUCUCAGUUCAGAUGUUCACUGUUCCUACUCUGGCUCGACAUCUUAUUGAAGAGCAGAACGUUAUCUCUGUCAUUACUGAAACACUGCUGGAAGUUUUACCUGAGUACUUGGACAGGAACAAUAAAUUCAAUUUCCAGGGUUAUAGCCAGGACAAACUUGGAAGAGUAUAUGCAGUCAUAUGUGAUCUAAAAUAUAUACUGAUCAGCAAGCCCACAAUAUGGACAGAAACACUAAGACUGCAGUUCCUUGAAGGUUUUCGUUCUUUUCUGAAGAUUCUUACUUGUAUGCAGGGAAUGGAAGAAAUCAGAAGACAGGUUGGACAACACAUUGAAGUGGAUCCUGACUGGGAGGCUGCCAUUGCUAUACAGAUGCAACUGAAGAAUAUUUUACUCAUGUUCCAAGAGUGGUGUGCUUGUGAUGAAGAACUGUUACUAGUGGCUUAUAAAGAAUGUCACAGAGCUGUGAUGAGGUGCAGUACAAGUUUCCUGUCAGGUAGCAAGACAGUAGUGCAAUUAUGUGGUCAUACUUUGGAAACUAAGUCCUACAGAGUGUCUGAGGAUCUUGUAAGCAUACACCUGCCACUCUCUAGGACUCUUGCUGGUCUUCAUGUACGAUUAAGCAGGCUGGGUGCUGUUUCAAGACUACAUGAAUUUGUGCCUUUUGAGGACUUCCAAGUAGAGGUACUAGUGGAAUAUCCUUUGCGUUGCUUGGUGUUGGUUGCUCAGGUUGUUGCUGAGAUGUGGCGAAGAAAUGGACUGUCUCUCAUCAGCCAGGUGUUUUAUUACCAAGAUGUUAAGUGCAGGGAAGAAAUGUAUGAUAAAGAUAUCAUCAUGCUUCAGAUUGGUGCCUCUUUAAUGGAUCCCAACAGAUUCUUGCUAUUGUUACUUCAGAGGUAUGAACUUGCAGAGGUUUUUAACAAGACCAUAUCCACAAAAGAUCAGGAUUUGAUUAAACAAUAUAAUACGUUAAUAGAAGAAAUGCUUCAGGUCCUCAUCUAUGUUGUAGGUGAGCGUUAUGUGCCUGGGGUUGGAAAUGUCACUAAAGAAGAAGUCACAAUGAGAGAAAUUAUUCACUUGCUUUGCAUUGAACCCAUGCCACACAGUGCCAUUGCCAAAAAUUUACCAGAGAAUGAAAACAAUGAAACAGGCUUAGAGAAUGUCAUAAACAAAGUUGCCAUCUUUAAGAAACCAGGUGUAUCAGGUCAUGGAGUUUAUGAACUGAAAGAUGAAUCAUUAAAAGACUUCAACAUGUAUUUUUAUCAUUACUCCAAAACACAGCAUAGCAAGGCCGAACAUAUGCAGAAGAAAAAGAGAAAACAAGAAAACAAAGAUGAAGCAUUGCCACCACCAUCACCUCCUGAAUUCUGCCCUGCUUUCAGCAAAGUAAUUAACCUUCUCAACUGUGAUAUCAUGAUGUACAUCCUCAGGACCAUAUUUGAACGGGCAGUAGAUCCAGAUUCUAAUUUGUGGACUGAAGGGAUGCUGCAAAUGGCAUUUCAUCUUCUGGCAUUGGGUUUGCUAGAGGAGAAGGAGCAGCUUCAGAAAGCUCCUGAAGAAGAAGUGGCAUUUGAUUUUUAUCAUAAGGCUUCAAGAUUGGGAAGUUCAGCCAUGAAUGCUCAGAAUAUACAAAUGCUUUUGGAAAGGCUCAAAGGAAUUCCUCAGCUAGAAGGCCAAAAAGAUAUGAUAACGUGGAUACUCCAGAUGUUUGACACAGUAAAGCGAUUAAGAGAAAAAUCUUAUUUUAUUGUAGCUACUACAUCGGGUUUGGAAUCCAUUAAGAAUGAUGAGAUUACUCAUGAUAAAGAAAAAGCGGAACGGAAAAGAAAAGCUGAAGCUGCUAGGUUACAUCGUCAGAAGAUCAUGGCUCAGAUGUCUGCCUUACAGAAAAACUUUAUUGAAACUCAUAAACUGAUGUAUGACAAUACAUCUGAAAUGUCUGGGAAAGAGGACUCUGCUAUGGAGGAAGAGAGCAUCCCAACAAGCAGUGACUACUCUAAAAUUGCUUUGGGUCCUAAACGGGGUCCAUCUGUUACUGAAAAGGAAGUGCUGACAUGCAUCCUUUGCCAAGAGGAGCAAGAGGUGAAAAUAGAAAAUAAUGCCAUGGUUUUAUCGGCUUGUGUCCAGAAAUCUACUGCCUUAACCCAGCAUAGGGGAAAACCCAUAGAACUCUCAGGGGAAACCCUGGACCCACUUUUCAUGGAUUCAGAUUUGGCCUAUGGAACUUAUACUGGAAGCUGUGGUCAUGUGAUGCAUGCAGUUUGCUGGCAGAAGUAUUUCGAAGCUGUACAGCUGAGCUCUCAGCAACGCAUCCAUGUUGACCUUUUUGACUUAGAGAGUGGAGAAUAUCUCUGCCCUCUAUGCAAGUCUCUGUGCAAUACUGUGCUUCCCAUUAUACCUCUGCAGCCUCACAAGAUAAACAGUGAGGAUGCAGAAGCUCUUGCUCAACUUUUGACCUUGGCACAGUGGAUUCAAACUGUACUGGCCAGAAUAUCAGGUUAUAAUAUGAAACAUGCUAAAGGAGAAAACCCAAUCAUGCCUGUCUUGUUUGAUCAAGGAAUGGGAGAUUCCACUUUUGAGUUCCAUUCCAUACUGAGUUUUGGAGUUCAGUCAUCGGUUAAAUAUUCUACCAGCAUCAAGGAAAUGGUCGUUCUCUUUGCUACAACCAUUUAUAGAAUUGGACUGAAAGUGCCUCCCAAUGAGACAGAUCCUCGCGUCCCCAUGAUGACCUGGAGCACGUGUGCUUUCACCAUCCAAGCAAUUGAAAACCUACUGGGAGACGAAGGAAAACCUCUGUUUGGGGCCCUUCAGAACAGGCAGCAUAAUGGUCUGAAAGCAUUGUUGCAGUUUGCAGUUGCACAGAGGAUUACCUUUCCUCAAGUCCUGAUACAGAAACAUCUGGUUCGUCUUCUAUCAGUUGUUCUUCCUAACCUAAAAUCAGAAGAUACACCAUGUCUUCUAUCUAUAGAUUUAUUCCAUGUUUUGGUAGGUGCUGUAUUAGCAUUUCCAUCUCUCUAUUGGGAUGACACAGUUGAUCUGCAACCUUCAUCGAUUAGUUCUUCGUACAACCACCUUUAUCUCUUUCAUUUGAUCACCAUGGCACACAUGCUUCAGAUACUUCUUACAAUAGAUACAGAUCUCCCCCUAACUCAGGCUCAGGAAGACAGCGAAGAGGCUCGUUCUGCUUCAUCUUUCUUUGCAGAGAUUUCUCAGUAUAUAAGUGGUUCAAGUCUCAGCUGCGCUGGCUGUGGUAUCCCUGGCUGGUAUCUGUGGGUCUCCUUGAAGAAUGGCAUCACCCCUUACCUUCGCUGUGCUGCAUUGUUUUUCCACUACUUACUUGGGGUGACUCCACCUGAAGAACUGCUUAACAAUUCUGCAGAAGAAGAAUACACUGCACUCUGUAAUUAUCUGUCUUUACCCACAAAUUUGUUCCUACUUUUCCAAGAAUACUGGGAUACUAUAAGGCCUUUGCUGCAGAGGUGGUGUGCAGAUCCCGCCUUACUAAACCAUUUGAAGCAGAAAAACACUGUGAUCAGGUACCCUAGAAAAAGAAACAGUUUGAUUGAGCUUCCUGAUGACUAUAGCUGCCUCUUAAAUCAAGCCUCUCAUUUCAGGUGCCCACGGUCUGCAGAUGACGAACGAAAGCACCCCGUCCUCUGUCUUUUCUGUGGGGCCAUCCUGUGUUCUCAGAAUAUUUGCUGCCAAGAAAUUGUGAAUGGGGAAGAAGUCGGAGCUUGCAUUUUUCACGCACUUCACUGUGGAGCAGGAGUCUGCAUUUUCCUAAAAAUCAGAGAAUGCAGAGUGGUCCUGGUUGAAGGUAAAGCCAGAGGCUGUGCCUAUCCAGCCCCUUACUUGGAUGAAUACGGAGAAACAGACCCUGGCCUGAAGAGAGGCAACCCUCUUCAUUUAUCUCGCGAGAGGUAUCGGAAGCUCCAUUUGGUCUGGCAACAGCACUGCAUUAUAGAAGAGAUUGCCAGGAGCCAGGAAACUAAUCAGAUGUUAUUUGGAUUCAACUGGCAGUUGCUGUGAGCUCCAACUCUGCCUCAAGACAAUCACGAAUGGCUUCAGAAAAAAGACUGAUUCAAAAUUACGGAGACCUUUCUAAGGGCCGGGGAAGUAUUGGAGGGUUUUGUGCUCCAUGUCCAGAUUCACGUACAUCAAUAAAAUAUUCCUUAAUGGAGCAUUGUUUUUGAUUAGCAAAUGUAUACUUCAAGGGAAAGAAGACCUACAUUAAUCUAUUUUAUGUUCUAGAACACUAAAAAGAUGCUUGUUCACCCUCAAGAGUCUGAUUCUGCUAGUAUUUCCAGGAAGUUUGUUUCCCUUCAUAAUCUGUCCCAUUUCAUUUCAUCCACCUUGUGAAUGAAGUCACAUCAAGCAAGCUGUGGACAACAAGUUUGUGUCUGGCGUUUGUUCCCGCAAGUUUAGUCGAGCUGCCGUUGGAUCCCUGACAAGAGCAAUGAUCUGUGGUAGUCUUCCUUACAGUAAGAGAAAAAUUACAGAAAACAUGCACAGAGUUCAUUUGAGGAAGACUUACAAAAUAUAAACUUGUUUUAACAAAUACCCCUAUUGAUCCACCUACUGUUUUAGCCACAAAUUAAGCUAGAUGGACAAAUUGUAUGUAAUUUCAGCCAGUCCAGAAAGUGUUGUUUUUUGGUUUGGGGCUUUUUUGGUUUUGUCUUUUUUUUCCCCUUGUAGAUCCCAAGAGGAAUUAGGAUACUGCUUCUAUUAUUCACUUUCCAUUUCCCAAUAGCAAAUUUCUACAAUAAUAUUUUGCAUCUUAGUUAUGGCACCAACCCUAUCUGACUCUUAGAAACCUGUUAGGAUUCUGAUGCAAACUCUUUGUAGAAUGAAAAUGAGACAAUUUUCCCAAUGAA